GGAAGAAACGAGAAACGAAGCGAGAGAGCGAGAGGAGAGGCCGAGAUAUGCUGCGAGGAGGUAGGAUCGUAGAGGUAACAUCGUAGCUGUGGGACCUGAUCCCAAAGGUAGGAGGACUCGGGUUGUGGCCGAGGCCAGUCCAUCGCGGGCCCUCCUCUCGACCGAACACGCGCUUUACUUUCUGCCCGCUCGUUCAAAUUCCCAUGCGCGUGCGACUCGCUGCUCGCGUCGAACUCUCCGCGAAUCUCUACUCGUAACCCUCCGGUGGCUGGCUCCCCAUGACAGGAACUCGUAGCCGGCGACCGCAGUGCCGUUGGUUAUAGUGCCGAUGGUGGUGGUGGUAGUGGUGGUGGUGGUUGUAGCAGCAGUGGUGGAGGUGCCGGUAGUGGUGGUGACGGUAGUGGUGCCGGUGCCAGUAGUGGUGGUGGUGGUGGUGGCGGUUACCUUGAGCACCAGGUUGUAUCGCACACCUUGCACAGUUACCCUCUGUUCCAGUUCUCGCACGCGUGCCGGUGUUGUACACGCGACACGACACAAACGGAUCGACGAUGUUAUACCGCGAUUGAUGAUCAGCUGGUAAUUGAUCACGCUUGUACAUUAAAGAUCGCACGUUCUUUUCUCUCGAAAUUCGAACGUUCUUUCUGUCUCUCUGCUCGUCGUAAGAAUUUUUGUCGUUUGUGAGAGGCGCUUAUCGAUCUCUGAUCGGUACGAAGAGACGAGAUGACAUCUCUUUCGUGCGGAUGGACGAUGAGUAACGACGCGCUACUAACGAUAUGACCUCGAGGCGGUGACGCGUGAAGAAAGAUGACGGCUCUCUUGCGAGUGUCAAUCUGUGAGACGAUCAAUCGCCAGAAGAUCUAGAUCGCACACCGUUGGUUACGCGAGGCGAUCGUGAGAGCGACGUUGAAGAAACGGGCUCGAUUCGAGCGCUAAUGAAACGAGCAUUGACGAGCAGCGAUCGCCGAUGCCGAUUACGCGAACGCACUCUGGGGGUACCGAACGUACCAAUCUCGGUCGGCUGCCGAUCCAACGAAAAGGGAACACCGGACAGGAAGUGGCGCAAAGGAGGAUUCACAAGGGAUAUUCUCCGCGCGCGGGCUUUGUUCGCAACGAGGUGCUCCAAGUCGACGAGGCGCGGAUUCAAAAGGACUAACACGGCGGAACAAUAAGACAACGAGACAAUAAGAACCGGUAGCAGAGCUCCUCUCCUCUCGUCAGGAGGCUGCUCUUUGAGCGCUGGAAGUCUCUCCGUUCGAGCCAACGGCGAGCCAAGCAACGAUGGAAGAAGAGGAGUAACUGCGAGGCUCGUCUCCCUCGUGACUGCCGGACGAUCGAUCACCGGUUUUUGCAGUUUACGCGAUCUCGCUGGCGCGAUCUCCGCCGGCGGCGGAGGAGAAGAGGAUCGUUAGGCGUCUUGCGCGCGGGAGUGACGAUGAUGAUGAGUUGGCCGAUAAGUUCCCUCGGCAUCGAAAUCGUUAACGAGACGACGACGACGACGACGGCGACGGCGACGACGAGGAGGAUCUCCGCGGCGAUGACAAUCGGCCGACAUUCUCGCGUGAGACGGCAAAAGAUCGUCGUCCCUCGCCGAUAGCGUGUCACGUGAGCCGCGUAUCUGCGAUCUGACGAUCGAGAACUCGGGGUAUAAAGUACGCCGCGCCGAUAAUGAUGGUAUUUAGUUAUCUUUUUUAAUUGGUAUCUAUUUGCUAAGGAGACCGGCGCACGAUCGUCGCUCGCUCGUUAGGAUAACCGAUCCGCCGUCUCUUCCAGAUAAACGUGUCUACCGGGUUAGGCCGACUUUCUAAGAUCAACUUGGCCGGAUUACGCCUCAUUAAGGUGAAUCGAGUAAAUCUUACUUAAAGCUACAUUCCAUCGAUACCGCGGCAAAUCGCUUUGGAAAGGAAAAAGGACGUGAGUGCACACGCAAGACGAAGACGACGACGACGACUCCGUUACCUUCGUGAUCACGGGGCUGUGUGGCCACCCGCUGAUCGAAUUUACGGAUUACGAGCCCUCGGCGAGUCCGAUCUCAAUUAUCACCGGAUGGAAGUACCACCCGCGGCACGCGAUACGCGAUCGAUAUGUACGAUUCGAAGAUACGUGUGCGAGAGAUGGACCGUACGGCCGCUUAGUCACCGCGACGAGAGAACGCCUCUCUUUCUCUCUCGGGAAAGAGUAUUUGGGGAUCGUAAAUACACGCGGCGCACGGCCCGUAGAGUUUUAAAACGCGCGCAAACACUUUAGAAAAUCCAAAUGUUGGCUCUGCAGUUCGGCUCUUUCGCACCUGUACCGGUACGCGCGCACGUUCCUCGCGCGGCUACACGUCGCCACGAGGUGCUAACGAGAACGCGGAGUGAUUACAGUGAUCGAAAUCGCGACAAGAAACUUCUCACGAACGUCGCUCGAGGCCGGUGUGUUGGGUAAAUACAUCAAAGACAAAGUUUCCACGCUGUAAAACGUAUACGUGUCGCGCGACGAGCCUGAGAGCCUGAGAGCCUGAGAGAGAGAGAGAGAGAGACCGUGCACGCUCGUCGGACGGAGACUUCACACACGGCGUACAAGUCUCACAUGAUCCGACUCGACAACGGAACGGGGUCGAUCCCAGUUCCGAACGAUCGACUUCCGGUGUGUGUCGUCCAUCCGCUGGUCGCGGAAGCGUAAAACUUUGUCGCGUGCACAUCCGCUUUUUUUUACAUUCAAUAACAACAAGGUGAUUGUGAUGUAAGAGAUGCGUCGCGGUGAUAUCGCGACAAUCGCGAUAGCCCUUCUCAUUCUUGGGCAGGUCCAGGAGCCACGCCGAACGAGGGUGGUCGGAGCGGUGGUGGUCGGCGCGGCUGUCUGCAGUCGCAUCCCCGGAUUGGCGAAAAGUCAGCGCGAGCAGUGCAGAAAAGCGCCGCACGCGAUGCCGGCGGUGGGCGAGGGCGCCGCGCUGGGUCUGCGCGAGUGCCGGCACCAGUUCCGACAUCACCGCUGGAACUGUUCCCACGUGUCCAACGAUCAGGUCUUCGGCCACGUGGUGGUAGUUGGUAGCAGAGAGGCGGCUUUCACGUACGCGAUAAGCUCGGCCGGCGUCACGUACGCGGUGACCGCGGCUUGCAGCCGUGGUAAUAUCACAGCUUGCGGUUGUGAACCGGCUGUAAGAACAAGGAAGGAAUUGCCGCCAAACGGUUGGGAAUGGGGCGGCUGCAGCGCCGAUGUCACGUACGGGAUGAGGUUCGCGCGUAGGUUUUUGGAUGCGAGGGAGAUCGAAGGAGAUGCUCGCAGCCUGAUGAACCUUCACAAUAAUAAAGCCGGGAGAAAGAUAGUUAAGGCUCUCUUGCAAACGGAAUGCAAAUGUCACGGUGUAUCUGGAUCUUGCACUGUGAGAACGUGUUGGCGAACGUUACCCAGUUUCCGUCAGAUCGGGGAUGCGCUUAUGAAAAAAUAUUACAGGGCUAGACCGGUCAUCGCUAUUACACCGCCUCCCCCACCGACGGUUCAGACCUUGGACCCAAUGUCGCAUUCAAUGUUGCCCGAAAUGGUACCCAUAUUGGGAAACGACGCUAAAACUCAGGGCAAGCCGAACGAUUUCGUCAAGUCGCGGCACAAUCGACAGCCGCUGCUGAAAAAAGCCGGCAAGUCCAGGAGGCCGCACUUGAUCCUGAAAAGGACGAAAGUCAACGGCGGAUCGGGUAGCCUGAAGAGAAUUCCAAAAAGAAGUGAGCUAGUUUUUCUUCAACCCUCCCCCAAUUACUGCGAGCCAGAUUUGACGCAAGGUAGCCUCGGCACGCAGGGCAGGUAUUGCAACCGUACUAGCAAAGGAACCGAUGGAUGCGAUCUGAUGUGCUGCGGUCGCGGCUACAACACACAUCAGUUCACAAGAACGUGGCAAUGCAGAUGCAAGUUUCACUGGUGUUGCCGCGUACACUGCGAGACUUGCAUGGAGCGUACCGAGGAAUAUACAUGCAAAUAAUACUAUUAUCAACGUACAACGUGUAUAUAGAUCUGCAAAAUAGUACAUGUAAUUAUAAACGUUAGACUUUACCUUCAAGAGCAACAAAACGAUUUGACGCAUGAGAAACGUUGAUAUUAUACGACAUCGCGAAAAUAAAAUUAUAGAGUAUUGUAAUUUCAUAAUUAAAUUGUACAAUUAUAUUAUAUAAUUGUAAUGUUUUUCUUGACGAUAUUAAAGUUAAUAGAAAAUAUCCUUGAAAGAUUCGCGGACCCUUAUAAAAUUCUGGGUCCUAUGUAUGGAUAUUAAAAUGAUCAACCUUUAACAUAAAAAUUAUUAAGCGUGUAAAUAUCGUUUCACGCGCUGACUUUAGAUCUUGAAAAAAAUUGCGCUCUACGGAGUUUCAUCCCACUAUUUUCUAUUUUGCAUUUAGGGAUGGGAUUAAGAGUUCAAUAUGUAUUUAUGAAACUUAGUCAAUUCAAUGUCUAUCAUUUCAUCGAUAUAUCAGGUAAUAUAAGAUAAUUUUAAAAAAUAAUUAAUAUUGAGUUUUAUAAGAAUUAUUAGAUGCAUUUCAGGUAAAUGUAAGAAUAUCAUCUCAAUCAAGACCGAGUAAUAACUGAUAUCGAUAUUAACUGGAACACGUUUGAAUUUUUUAUGUAAUAUCAUCGAUAUCAUAUAAAGCAUUUUAAAAUCUUUCCAAAACAUUCACAUUGUUCCAUCAAAUAUGUAAUAUCAGUGUCACAGCCCUGCAUAUCUACCUUUCUCCGGUAAUAUAAAUUAUUUAUCAUUAGAAAUUGCUACAAUGCAUAGUUACAUCAUGUGGAAACUAUUAUAUAAUAAAUAAUUAAAAUGCUGUAACA